AUGGAUAUAGUGGAUUCCGGAAGCUCUUCCGACGUGGAAGACCAAUCCAAGACAUGGGGAUCGGAUGCUCGGUCUUUAGCGCCAAGUAACGACGAUGCAAGCAGCGCACAGCCGCUUAGUGAUUGCGGGAUCGGACAUCGCGUGCUGGCUAGCCGCUCCGUCCUAGCAUUGGCUAUUGAUGAAGAAUGUGUAUUUGCUGGCUUGCAAGGUGGAGAUAUUGUGGCUUGGUCCCUGCAGACAUACGACCUUGUUCUGUCGGUCCACGCCCACAAAGAGAGCGUCCUGGGUCUGUACCUGUCAGAGGAUGGGAACUUACUAUUCUCCACUGGCGGAGACUCGGUGAUUAAUGUCUGGACGACAAGAACAUUUGAGCGACUGUACUCCAUCUAUCCUCACCAUGAUGUGGGUGAUAUCUUUACUGUGGUUUAUUCUGCAAGUAAUCAAACCAUCUAUUGUGGUGCGCAGAACACAAGCAUCCAGUGGUGUGAUCUGUCAGAAGAAAGUUCCCUGAGUCAAACAUCAGCGGCCCACCCGUCAAAGCGGACGCAUCGCUUUUUCGACUCCCGGGGCCCGGAUGGGACGCUGGCUCCUCGAUCAUCAGAUGGUACCCACUCGGUUUCGGAAGGGGGUCGAAUUCUAUCAUUCAAGCGAGACCACCAUAAGCUGUUCGCUCACCAUGGCUAUGUCUAUUCAAUGCUCCUCGUUAAGGGUCUUAUCGAGUCUGCUCCUUCUGAGGAGGUCUUGUUGACUGGUUCUGGGGAUGGUGCUGUGAAGUUAUGGCGGAUCGGUCAGCAGCCCGGAGCAGCCCCAACUCAAAUUGCAAAGCUACAGAAUGGAGACCCUGUACUCUCUAUCGCCGUGGAAGGCUCAUUGCUCUACUGCGGUCUGGCCGGUGGUGCUUUGAAUAUUUGGAAUCUUGACUCCCAGCAACUAGUUAAAAGGAUUGUUCGCCAUACCGGUGACCUAUGGGCAGUCCAUGUCAUUCAAGGCGUUGCAAUCUGUGGAGACUCAACAGGAACAGUCAAGAAAUUCAACUCUCGAUUUGAGGAAGUUGGUGGCUGGGUCGCCCACGAAGGCACCAUGCUUGCAUCUGCUACUGGCCGAGCCAAGGACCGACACAUCUAUGCUACUGGAGGAAAUGAUAACUCGGUCGGCAUUUGGGACCUGACGGAAUUCUUCCUCACUCAGGAGGAGCUGCCACCCAUCAGCAACGACGAAAUGGUGAACAGUCUCGCCAAGUUUGUCUCAUUUAAGACUAUUUCCGCAAGCCCCAAAUUCAAAGGUGAAUGCAAUCAAGGAGCGGCGUUUCUCCGUCGUCACUGCAACUACCUUGGUGCGAAGACAAAGCUUUUGACUACGGGCGAGGACACGAAUCCCAUCGUGUAUGCCCGGUUUGAUGCAACUUCAUCGGAGAAAGUAGACAAGACUAUUCUUUUCUAUGGCCACUACGACGUUGUGGGUGCUGACACCAAUCGCCCCAAGUGGAGAUCCGAUCCUUAUCAAUUGACUUCAAUCAAUGGAUUCCUUUAUGGUCGUGGUGUUUCCGACAACAAAGGACCGAUUCUUGCGUCUCUGUAUGCUGCUGCUGAUCUUGCUCGAACGAAAUCACUUCGUUGCAAUGUGGUGUUCUUGAUUGAAGGAGAGGAGGAAUCUGGAUCCCAGGGAUUCCAUCAAACUGUACAUGAGCACCAGGCUGAGAUCGGGCCUGUGGAUUGGAUUUUGCUCGCGAACAGUUACUGGUUGGAUGACUACAACCCCUGUCUAACAUACGGUCUUCGAGGUGUGGUGCAUGCCAAUUUGGUCGUAACCAGUGAUCACCCUGACCUACACAGCGGUAUCGACGGAAGCGCUCUAUUGGAUGAACCGGUCAAAGACGUAUCGAUCCUGGUUUCUACCCUAGUUGGACGGAAGGGUCGAAUUAACCUUCCUGGAUUCCACGACUCCGUACGUCCCAUCACAGAAGCCGAGCAGAAGCGGUUUGAGGCCAUUGCAGACAUCUUGCUCCCUCAACAUCCCGAGAUUAAAGAUCGCCAGGCCUUAGUCAAAUCUCUCAUGUAUCGCUGGCGCGAGCCAUCGCUGACCAUCCACUCGAUGGAAGUUCCCGGCAGCAAGAACGCAACAACUACCAUUGCUCGACUCGCCAAGGCUAGUCUCUCAAUCCGUAUAGUUCCCGAUCAACAAGCGGAUGAUGUUGCAGCGACUCUCACUGCGUUUGCUCAGGAACAAUUCGCCCUACUGGAAUCACAAAACGACCUCACUGUUGAGAUCACUGGAAAGUCGGAUGCCUGGCUGGGUGACCCAGACAACGAAAUCUUCGCCACACUCUCAGAGGCAAUCACAGCAGCAUGGACUCCAGACCAGCAAGAAUCGAAACAUCAGUACCCGCCAAUGCCUCUUCCCAAAAAUGGACGCCAAUCUGUCACCCCCAAGCCCCCCGUUCCUGCAGGCCCGGGCCUUCUUCGAAAGGAUUCCUCUGACAGCCUGGCAUCACGCGUUGAUCGUGUGAUCACAUCAACCACCACCUCAUCGGCUGAAAAGGCGGCCGCCCGUAAGCGGUCUUUACAGUCCGCCACUGUCCCGACAUCCUCCACCCUAACCCAAACAGCCACAUCCCCCGAUGACUCUUCUUCGUCUUCGUUGCCCAUUCGAACCAAGUCUGACACACAGCUGUCAGAAACUCCCGACCUCGCAACCGGAACUGCCCAAUCCACCUCCCCCGCAACGGUGAAGCCUAUUUUCAUCCGUGAAGGCGGGUCGAUCCCCACGAUCCGCUUCCUGGAAAAGGUCUUUUCAGCCCCGGCAGCUAACCUGCCUUGUGGACAAGCGAGUGAUAACGCACACUUGGAUAAUGAGCGCAUGCGUGUUGAGAACUUGUAUAAGAGUCGAGAGAUCUUCAGAUACGUGUUUGCUCAUUUGGUUGACAAAACAUAA